UUAAAACUCAAACAUCGUAUCGCUGGAGGCCGGAGUUGAACAAACGUUGAUGGCCAGUACACAGGUACAACCUGCUAAACUGCGCGGAGAUGGAGGAGGUGACUCUUUUAUCGUUGAAGCCUUAUGACCCCGAUACCGAUUGUAGUACUAGUCUCGCAUUAAGUGUUUUUCACAAAUUUUCUUAUGGAUGAUACGAUCUAGUACAGCAUGAGUGAAACAUUUCGCGAGCAACCGUCGGUUAGUGUGAAUUCGUCCGUGCGUUUGUUAUUUUACGAUGUCAAGGUUCAGAGGUACGUGUGUUUAGAGUUGUGAUCUUGUGAGUUAAAAAAAUAUUUACUUUGUAAACAUUUUUUUUCCCGAACUGGGGGAGAGUGUAACCGAUGGCAGUUCCUGACCCAAUCGUUACUGUGGCUCUGUUUGUUUCGCGUUAAAUAUAUGUGCUAAAAUACAGGAGAAUGCUUUAGUUAUUGGGCGGAGCUUCACUACUCCCACUGGCUAGGGCAAACAAAAGCCAAGACACCCUAGCAGUACGCAGCCAGUUCCAUACCCCCACGAUUGCUACCCCACUAGAACGAGACUACAUGCUUUGGUAGCCGAUUGGUAGCAGCAGAUGACAGGUGCCUGGUAGGCAGCAAUACCGGAGAUGACUUGUGAAUUCAAGAACCGGGAUUCGGUCUAUUUGCCCGGAAGGCCCGUAACCGAACAGACUGACAGUGUCUGAGUCAGUCAGAUAGCAGGACCCCUCAACCUUUGUUUAAGGUUCAUCCCGGAUGUCGCGGAGAUGACCAGUGGAACCCAACAACCCGAAGAAGUGACCGACGUCCUGGCGCUCGACUACGGGCAAUGUUCCGGCCAAUCGCCAACACCGGCCGAAGUCCCGAUCCGUCAACACAUCGGGAAGAGCCCAGGACAACCGGAUGGGUCCAAGCAGCGCGCGACGAGAACCGCUACCAAGCACCAGGAUGCAGAUCCAAGACCGCGGCCGAAGCCGACGGUCGAACCCAGAUCGCUGGUGGAUGGAGCAGAGGUGACGACGCCGAGCUGGUGGGGCCCCAAGAAGCAGAAGAAAAGGUCAGAUAGAAUAAGAAAGUGGGACUGUUUGAGGUUAGGAGAAGGAGGAAAGUUAGUAGGAGAAAAGUGGGAGAAUAAAGUGUGCACAAAAGUUUAAUAAAUGUGGUGUUUCGUUUAGUAGCUUUAGUGUUUUCCUGUAUCCGUCAAAGUUAGUGUGGAUAAGCGUGCCGACCUUGAGGUGUUUUUGUAGAGUCCCUGUAUAGAUGAAGGUCUCGGCUAACCUGAAGUUACAUAUCUGACUAAUUUCAAGAUGUUUGCAGUGUCACUUGACCAUUUUGAAUGAUUUUGAAAAAUGGCCCCAUGGGAACCGGUAUCCGGAACAUCCGGAGUGACCAUAUUUGGACACUAGAAAUAAGUUGUAGAGUAACUAUCUUUCUGAUUCCACGAUGUUUGAGGUGUCACUUGACCAUUUUGAAUGAUUUUGAAAAAUGGCCCCACGGGAACCGGUAUCCGGAACAUCCGGUGUGGCCAUAAUGUGGGCAGAUUAGGUUUUUUGGCAACAAUGAUACUUUUUUAUCAUAUUUGCUGUUAAU